GCUUCCCAAUGAAAUUGCUACAGACACUGAAGGAGAAGAGCAAAACUCCAUGGAAAGAGAAACUGAGAAUCUUUUAGAUGCAGAAAGCACAGAGAUCUCAGUGGAUGUGGAAUCUACUACUGAUUGCAUAGGCCCGAUCACUGCUGUCUCAUUAGAGACUGAGUAUCUGCCAACAGACUCGGAUACAAGACCAGGCAGUGUCACUCUAUUAGAGACUGAGUAUCCAUCGGAAGAGUUGGAUACAGCAACAAGCAGAGAUGAUUCUGCAGAUGAGUUUGAGUCGGCUCAAAGUACAGAAAGUGCCAGUAUCUACACUACCCCGACUCUCCCACAAUCCCUUACUCCUGCUCAUCCAGCCCAGAAGGAGGCGCUGGCAGAGAGAGCAGAGACUGGCAGUGUAGCUUCUCAGGAGCUCCCCGACUCUGUGUAAGUGAAAACGUUACUGGUACCAGUACUUUAACAUAUUAGAAUAUUGACUGAUGUGCUUUGUUUAACCCAUUAAUAUGCAAUCAGGGUCUUCUUGAUACCAAUGUUCUGCUGGUGUUCCCUCUAUAAACUCAGUGUUACUUUCCCAUCAGAAAGCCAUGUUGGAUUGUGCUGCGGCAGCGCCAGUGGGAUAUCUGUAAACCUUACAUUUUUGUUUAUUAUCUUUCAGCCGUCAGACCUCUCCCAUCUCUCUUGAUGAUUUUGAAUUCAAAAGAUGGCUUGGGAGCGGAACCUUCGGACAGGUCUUCCAGGCAGAACAUAAGAACACAGGGAAGAUGCUCGCCAUUAAACGCAUUAACAAGAUUGAGUCGUCUGAAAAUGAUAUGAUCGAAAAGAUUUUCCUGGAGAGAGACAUAUUAAGGAAAGCGAGGGACUCGAGAAACCCUUUCCUUGUGAGCCUAUUCUGCACUUUCCAGAGCGAGCAUCAAGUCUACUUAGCGAUGGAAUUGGUUGGCGGAGGCACCUUAGAGUACCAUCUGAAAUAUGGUGCACUCCCCCAUUCCAAAACUUUGUUCUAUUCUGCAUGCAUUGUCCAAGGGAUCAAGUUCUUACACGACCACGGAAUUGUCCACCGAGAUUUAAAGCCUGACAAUAUUGUUCUAGACAGUGCUGGAUAUGCCAAAAUUACAGAUUUUGGACAGUGCAAAACAGGAAUUGACUGCACAUCUGAAAUGACCGACCAAUAUGGAAAUUCAUUUUAUUGUGCACCUGAAAUUCUCAGAGAAGAAUCUUAUAACAGAACCGUGGAUUGGUGGUCUUUAGGUGUCAUUAUCUAUGAGAUGGCUGUUGGGGAGAUGCCAUUUAAUGGUGAGGAUGAGGAUGCGCUGUGUGAAGCAAUCCUAUAUACAGAACCAGAAUAUCCAAUCCUGCUGAAUAACAGAACCGCUUUAAUAAUAAGAAAACUCCUGAACAAAAACCCCAAAUUCCGCCUGGGAUCGGCUAGAAACGAUGGGGAAGAAGUGCAGAAUUUCUGUUACUUUGAGACAAUGGACUGGAAAGCGCUGAUGGACAAGCGGUUGAAGGCGCCAUUCCAGCCUGGCAACAAUUUUGGCGUCACUUCAAUAAAGCAGAAGCCUCUUCCACCAGUGAAGAUGAAGGACAGAAUUAUUACCGUCUCUUUUCCUUCACCGAUUGAGAUGAAGAGUGAGACCUUUGGUUUGGAGGACCGGUUUUAA